CAGGGUAAUUUGGGCCUUCCUGAUUUUAAAAAAAAAACCGAGAUAUUUCUUCCUCUUACAUAGUCAACAGGUCAACACGAACGUGCUAGCUAGCAAGUGCGAAGUAGCAGUUAACGGUGAUGGCCAUGGCUUCGGCAACAUCGAGUCUCACGAUCCUGAGAUCUCCUUCAGCUCUUGUAUCAACGCUUUCUCAUGCCUCAAAGAUGUUGAUGCGCAGCGGUUCCUUCCAGCCUUCAAAUCGAGGGAAUGGUGAAGUUCGAAAGGAAGAGGUUGUGAUCGUUGGUGGUGGGAUCGCAGGGCUUGCAACCGCUGUCUCCCUUGACAGGCUUGGAGUGAAGUCGACCGUACUGGAGCAGGCGGAGUCACUCCGUAGCGGUGGAACUUCCCUCACGCUUUCCAAGAAUGGUUGGAGCGUACUUGAUGCUAUUGGAGUAGCGAAUCGUCUCAGAUCUCAAUUCUCGCAAAUUGAAGGGUUGGUUAUCAGAUCCGAGGAUGGGAAGCAACUACGCUCAUUCAAUUUGCUUGAAGAAGAUCCAAGCCAAGAGUUACGUGGUGUGGAGAGGAGAAUACUAUUGGAAACGUUGGCUGCUGAGCUCCCCAAAGGUGCCAUUCAAUUUUCUUCAAAGCUAGCUAGGAUUGAACCAACUUCAGAGGGAGACAUCUCGCUGGAACUUGCAGAUGGCUCUAAGCUGCAUGCAACGACUGUAAUAGGGUGCGAUGGGAUUGGAUCACCGAUAGCUAAGUGGAUGGGGUUUCAUGAGCCAAAGUACGUUGGCUAUUGCGCUAUCCGCGGGCUUGCUACUUAUUCAGAUGGUCAGCCUUAUGAACCAAGAGUGAAUUACUUCUACGGAAGAGGGGUGCGUGCAGCAUAUGUUCCUGUUUCUCCCACCAAAGUAUACUGGUUUGUCUGCUUCAACAGUCCAUCGCCAGGUCCAAGCACAACUGAUUCAUCCGUGCUUAAGAAGCAAGCCAAAGAACUAGUUAGGAAUUGGCCUUCAGAGCUUUUAGACAUAGUGGACUCUACACCGGACGAUACCAUUAUCAGGAAUCCGCUGGCAGAUCGCUGGCUUUGGCCAACCAUAAGUCCACCUGCUUCCACCGGUCGGAUUGUGUUGGUUGGAGAUGCGUGGCACCCGAUGACCCCAAAUCUUGGCCAAGGAGCUUGUUGUGCACUUGAGGAUGCAGUGGUUCUUGCUAAGAAGCUUGCAGGGGCCAUCAAGUCUAAAGACCAAUACUCUGUUGAAGAAGCUUUCAGGUCGUAUGGCUCAGAAAGAUGGUGCCGUGUGUUUCCACUAACCGUACGCGCACACCUUGUGGGAUCCAUAUUGCAGUGGGAGAAUCCGUUGGUGUGUUCUAUUAGGAACAAGAUUAUCAUACCAAAGCUAGCAAGCCUUAAACCGAUGCUUGAGCAUACAAAUUUCACUUGUGAGAGUCUACAAGAAGAGAAGCAAUGAAAGGUGAUGUUUAAAGUAUAUUAGUUUCGUUCUAAUUGUAUCAUUUUCUAUAGAAUUAUUUAUAGUUUUAUCACUUAAUUAUUUGUUGUUCAUCCUCAUUAAUUAAGCUUGGGGAAAGAUACUUUUGUUGUAAACUAAUAUCACUGAAUAAAGAACCAUAUUAGCAUUCUAUUUGGU